GCCAGAAGAUGCGGGGCGGGGCGUCGCGCAGGCCCGGCCUCCAAGAUGGCGGCGCCCGGAAAACAGUAUGGACUUAUCUUCCCUAAGAAGGUUCAGCAGAAAGGACUGGUCAAGCAUGCGGCGUUUAUGGACGACUCCGACGAAGAGUCUUCGGUGGGCGAGAGCCUUCAGAAGGAGGCCCUGAAGAAGCAGGCCAUGAAACAAACCAAGCUGGAGAUCCAGAGGGCCCUGGCCGAAGACUCCACCGUCUACGAAUACGACAACAUUUACGAGGACAUCCAGCAGAAGAAGGCCGAGAGCCAGGCCAGCUCGCUCGCGGGGAAAGCCGAAAAAAAGCCCAAGUACAUCCAGAACAUCCUGCAGGCGGCCGAGCUGCGGAAGAAGGAGCAGGAGCGUCGGAUGGAGAAGAAGAUCCAGAAGGAGCGGGAGUCGGAAGGGGACGCCUUCCAGGACAAGGAGGCCUUCGUCACCUCGGCCUACAAGAAGAAGCUGCAGGAGAGGGCCGAAGAGGAGCAGCGCGAGAAGAAGGAGGCGGCCAUUGAAGCCUCCCUGGAUGUCACCAAACAGAAGGACCUGAGUGGCUUCUACCGGCAUCUGCUGAACCAGACGGUGGGGGAAGAGAAGGUGCCCCACUGCAGCCUUCGGGGAGCCGGGUUCAAAGGAGAAGAUCUUGCCGAGAAGCCGACAGGCUCCCAUCAAAGUCUGGAAAACAAAACGGGAACUUGUGUUCCCGGGAAGGGAGAAGAGAACCUGGAUGCGGACAGCGACUCGCGAUCCCAUAGCAGCGAUGGCGAGGAGACGGUUGCUGAGGGAGUCCCGGAGAGACGCGGUGAGCAGCGAGCUUCUGGGGCAGGUGACGGGGACCUCCGUGGUCGCCAAUCGAAGCAAAGCCCGAGGGGCUCCAGAUCUCCCAGCAAGGAAAGACCUCCGCGCUCCCCUCCGGCGGAGCAGCGAGACCGCCAAAGGGACGAAGCCCACCAGAGCGAUGACAGAAAUAGCCAGAGAAGACAUGGAAAGGAUGAGCGAAGUCGGAGCGACGGCCAUCACAGGAGACGAGAAGACCGAGAGGACCGGCAAAAGAGGAAGGACUGGGAGGAGGAGGAGGAAGAGAAGCGAGAGCAGAGGAGAGGAAGAGAUAAGAAGGAACAUCGGGCCAGAGAGAAAGACCGAGAUGGAAACAGGGAAAAAGGACGGGGGAGGGACUCAGACCGAGACGAGAAGCCGAGGAGGAAACACAGCUCAGGAUCCGUGGCCCAAGAAGACCCCCAAACUCAAGGGGGGAACCUUCCCAGCCCUGAGAAAUCCACCGAGGUGACCCCCAAGGCUUCCGAAGACAGCCGAGAGACCCUCGAAAAGCCGGCCGAGAAAGUCAACAAAUUCGCUAAGCGCAGCAACCAGGAGACCGUCUCGUCCGCCCGGGACCGAUACCUCUCCCGGCAAAUGGCCCGCGUGGGCCCCAAAGCCUACGUGGAAAAAGAGGAAGAUUAGGUGAGGGGCUACCCUGCUGGGACCGCAGGAAGAAGGGACUUUGGUUGGGAAUCUCAGGGCCUUCCGAGUGGAGGAAAGAGUGGGCUAUUUAUUUCAGAAGGUUCCGCGUGCGAGGAGCGACAGGACGAGUCUCGGAGAGAGCCGAGUCUCGUUUUAGCCGGGAGCCUGCUGAGAUGGGGAGCCUUUUUGAGGAUCGGCCUAGGCCGAAAGACCUUUCCUCCCACAAAUUUGAGGAAAGAAAGCAUGCAGAGGAUAGAAGAUCAGGGAUAAUCUUGUUUUCGUUAUUUUUUGUUUCGUUUUAAAGGCCGAUGUAAAGAUUCGGAGUUUCCGUCUGGUGUUUUCUGACUUCUGACUUCCAGAGCCAGCAAAAAUAAAGUGAAAAGAAUUAU